CGCCCCUCCUAUCCACCUCCCUCCUACCCCCCCUUUCCUGUGAAUAAAUACUUCCUCUCUCCCCUCCCACCAUGUUUUACAGGGCAGCCAGGCCAGCCCUUCAGAGAGUUGCUGCUGCCUCCACCAGGCCAGCUCAGAGCAAUAAUUAUGCUACUCUUCGUGAAAUUGAGGGGCGCCUCAAGUCCAUCAAGAAUAUCGAGAAAAUUACAAACACCAUGAAGAUCGUCGCUUCCACAAAACUUGCUCGUGCUCAGCGUGCUAUGUCUGAAUCCCGUACCUACGGUCAGACAUCAAACACUGUCUUUGAUAAGGCCGAGACCAAGCCUCAGGAAGGUGGGAAGACUUUGAUCAUUGCCUGCUCAUCCGAUAAAGGACUCUGUGGUGGUAUCCACUCACAAAUCACCAAGGCCGUUCGCAGAAAGUUGCUGGAAACCCCUGAUGCGGACCUUGUUAUCCUGGGUGAAAAGAGUAAGGCGCAGUUGGGUAGAUCUUCUGCGAAGAACAUUGUUAUGAGCUUUGCGAAUGUUGGAAAGGAUAUCCCUACAUUUGCCGAGGCUCAGACUAUCGCGGACCAGAUUUUCCAGCUGGAGAAAGAUUACGAUAAUAUUGAGGUUAUUUAUAACAACUUCAAAUCUGCUAUCUCCUACGAGCCUGGUAGCGUUUAUGCCUUCUCUGAGGAUAUCAUCAAGAGCUCAGCGAACUUUACCGCUUUUGAGAUUGAAGAUGAGCAACUUGUUAAUCUUCGCGAAUAUGCCCUGGCCAACACUAUUUUCUGGGCUCUCUCUGAAGGUCACGCUUGCGAGAUCUCUGCCCGCCGCAAUGCCAUGGACAAUGCCUCCAAGAAUGCUGGUGACAUGAUCAAUCGAUUCCAGAUUCUUUUCAAUCGUACCCGGCAAGCAGUCAUUACUGGGGAGCUGGUUGAGAUUAUUACCGGCGCUGCUGCUUCGGAGGACUCUUAAGUCUUCCGCAAUACACGGUUUAGGCAUGUGGUGGGAGGGCGUACUCGUACAAGCGUUGUGUCUUAGCACAGUAUAGAAACACCCCCUUGCAUUGAUCAUACUAUUGGUACAAUACCGGUAGUAAUCAAAUAAAAUAUAUGUUUCGGAUUAGAUUUCA